UACAUUCUCGAAUCUUUCUUUUCGUAAAAAUUUUGUUACCUUUUUGUGGCGGUGAUUUUAACCAUUCAGAUCAAAGAGAAUAUAAUAAUCACUUUUCUAAAACUCCUUAUAAAUUGUUUGAAAUUAAGAUUUCAGUUAGAUUCCUAUCAUCUACUUAACAAAUGUUUUAUUUAUCUCGUUACCCUUAAAAUAUCAAGUACAAAAAGCGUUAGAAAUGAAUAACAAUCCCAUCAAAUUUCUUUCGCGUCUAAUAAUUUUCUUUACCCUUGUUUAAUAAUAUCGUCAACAUGGCCCCCAAAAAGAACGUAAACAAAACACGAGAGCCUGUAACAUCUACGACUAAAUCAUUUGUGACUCGAGGUGUAAAAAAGAAAACUUUAUCAGGCAAGAAAUCGGAACUACCGAUCACAAGCAUCAAUAAUCAUGAAGAUGCAUCGGAUAAAAGCAGUAAUGAGGAAAGUCAAAAGAGAACACAAGAAGAUAGCAUGCUGUCUAAGAGAGAUAUCAACAUUUUGUUGGCAAAUGAAGUCCUUAAGACACAGUUCCCAUCAAAAAUACCAGUAUUGGAUGCAAUUGAACGAGGUCAGUGUAUUGAAAGUGAAAGAAGAGAAGAAAGAAAGAAUACAUUCAAGAAAAUUAAAAAAGUGACUUCAAAACAAAAAACUACUGCCAAGAAAAAUGUUUCCAAAAGCAAUGAUUCCAGUAUAAGAAAAAAAAGAAAAAUAAUAGAAAAAAGUUCUUCUAGUAACCAAGAAACCUGUUCUAAUACUACGGAACAGGAUCAUGAAGAUCCAUCGGAUAAAAGCAGUAAUGAGGAAAGUCAAAAGAGAACACAAGAAGACAGCAUGCUGUCCAAGAGAGAUAUCAACAUUUUGUUGGCAAAUGAAGUCCUUAAGACACAGUUCCCAUCAAAAAUACCAAUAUUGGAUGCAAUUGAACGAGGUCAGAGUAUUGAAAGUGGAGUAGCAAAGAAUACAUUCAAGAAAAUUAAAAAAAUGACUUCAAAACAAAAAACUACUGUCAAGAAAAAGGUUUCCAAAAGCAAUGAUUCCAGUAUAAUAAAAAAAAGAAAAAUAAUAGAAAAAAGUUCCUCUAGCAACCAAGAAACCUGUUCUAAUACUACGGAACAGGAAGACAACAAAGAGCAGAUACCAAAACUAGCUCCAGUGAAAAUAAAGCGAAUAAAAAAAUUGGACCUAAGGAAGAAACGAGUCUAUACUAAUAACCUUCAGGAAGAUAAGCCAAAGUAUAAUAAAAAACUAGUACCACCAAUAGGGCAAAAAAAAUUAGGACGCCCAAGAAAAAGAAAUAUUGAAGAAGUUUUUACUGCGGAGCCCGAAAAUCCAAAACAAAUAAUAAAAUCUCCCUUGCCCGUGAAAAGAAGGAAACUUGAUCUGAGUAACUUAAGUAGGUCUUCAAGCUCAUCUGACCUGUCUUGGACUAGAGAUAUUUCGAGUUGUAGUACAACAAGUUGUGUAAGUGUAUCAUCAAAUGACUUUGUCCUCAUUGAUAAUAAGUUUCCAAUCAUUAAAUUGCAAAAUAUAAAUCCAAAACCAGCACCAAACCCUUUAAAAAAUAUUCUAAGACAAACACCCAAAAAUACUAGUGUAAUAAAGAAAAAUAAAAUGCUUGAUAAAGAAUUGCUUCAAGUAAAAGUAGAUGAAGGAUUAUUAAAAAAUAAUGAUGCACUUGUCCUAGAGAGUGCUUUAGUCCCUCCAGAAUUGAGUUCAACAUCAAGUUCUAGUGAUUCUAGCUCAUCAACCAGCUUAACUGAGAACACUUCAUGUGUAAGCAAUAACGAUAUAAUCAAAGAUUUGUUAACCAAACUUAGAAGCAUAGACUUAGAAGUUGUAGCAUGGGUCGGGUUUAACAAUAUUAGUAGCUGUUCCACUCCCAAGCUAGACCAAUUCAAAGACAAACUCGAAAAUUGUAAUGUCUUGCGAGAAGAGAAAAGUCUGAUACAACUGGCAAAAAAUGCGCAGAAGCAGCUAUACAAACAUGGCAAAAACGAUGCUCCCAACAUAAUUUCUGAAGACGGUAAUAAAAAUAACAGCCAAGAGAUAACAUUCGUUAAACCUACCAGAGUAAGUCAAACAAAUUACAAAUACAAAGUAGCGCAAGCGGAAAGCUCUCCAGAAAAACCCGCUCAAAGUAGUCAUACUUUGGUAAUUCAAAACGCUAAUGAUAAUUUAGUAGCCAGUAGCAAAUAUCAAGAUGAAAACGACGAUGACGACGCGCUUUCACUGUACGCUGAAAGUAUCACGGGCUUGGAUUCAUCUAGAAGGAGUAGUUCCAUACAGCGGGUUCCCGACGCACGCGGCAGCGACGAGUACGUACCAGAAUUCGUAGCGAAAACAUCAAAAGUACCAGUUACGUUUUACAAACCGUCACGAAUUGAAAUAACUCAUGAAACCGAACCGGACCAGGACAAGCAAGAAAGCCAGAAUAACGUCGCACCAGCAGUAUGCGAAAAACAAAACGCUGAUUCCACGUCACUAAACAAAGAGCAAGAAGUUGAUAAAACUACAACAGAGGAAGCUACCAUAUUUGAAGAUAGACGUGGAAAUAUACAGGAGCAGAAUUUGAACGCAAAUUUAUAUAACGCCUCUAAGCCGACGUUUCCGAACCAGACGAGAUUGAUCGCACAAAACUUUAGGUUCAAUCGAACGAGCAGCGCCGUAUUUAAGUGUUGCUAUUACAAUGUUGGAUCACGUUGCCUGAACAAACAAUGCAAAUUCGAACAUAUCAUCCCGAGUAGGGAAGAAAUUGAAGACAAGGUAUCUGCUCUGGAGGAGGAUUCGUUUAUAUAUGAAUAUAUGAUAACACGCACUGUGCAUACCCUGCGACGGGCGUACGGUAUAUGCUUCGUCAACGAGUGUAUAAAAAGGAAACUCACCAGGUUACUCGUGGAAAUGGUUAUAGACUGUGUCAGUAGAGGAGAUUAUAAUAAUUCGGAGGAUAACACCCUCACCACUGACGCCGUCGAAAGAACUUUGCUCUACUUAAAUAACGUCGAUCUAAAAGUGUGUCGAGAUUUGUUGAACUUUAAGUUUCCCAAACUAAAGGGCCUCCUCCUGUGCGAUUAUUUGCUGAAAUUUAUUGCCGAAUCUCCGAAUUUUACGCGUUUUAUUCCAAUUUUCAUUAAGCUCGCCUGGUACGUAUCCAGCAUGGACCUCAGGUUCGACAUCCAAGUGGCGACGCUGCUCCUCGAACGCGUGUGCAUCAUCCCGUACGAGAAUAAGCUGGCGCGGGCGCUCAUCGAGGUCAUAAAGUACACCAACGACAGCAUAUUCUACAACCAUAUGAUAGAGAAAUUUGAAAAAAUGCUCAGUAUUUCGAAUAAGGAUUUGUACGAUUCUUUCGCAUUUUUGAAAAAGCGGAAACUUUUGAACCAAACGGUUACGGAGAACUGGAACGGUGUGGGCUAUUCAGAGAAUGACGUAAGAUACUCUCCUGACACGACCAACCUGGAUAACUUGAACAAAACCACAGAACCGAAGCUGACUAGAACGAUUGAGAAUAAAGUUAGUAGCAAAUAUGUGACUGAGGCAUCUAGCAAGAACCCAUAUCAGGAGGACUGGAAUUUACCUUCGAGUUCAAGAAGCGGAGAUCAGAAUAUGUUUGGGCUGAACGGCCACAGUCAAGCUAUGAACACUUUUCCAAAGGCGCUAGACUUGAAAAGUGGAUACAAAGGCUUCCUCCUCGAUACACCGUUUACUGGAAAUUACGGGAACAAGAUCCGAAGAACAAUCCACACGGACAUGUUUCAGCGGGCACCGUCGAUGAUCUCCAACUCUAGUUCCGGUAGCGAGGAGCGGGGACACGCGCGGCGCGGCUCGCCCUAUCGCGGAAGACGGGGGUUCAUGCGACCAAACAAUUUGUUUAGAAAUGUCAGGAAGUCUGACGGGCCAAGAUUUUACUACUGAUAGAAAUUACAUUUAUUUUUAAGAUUUGAUAAGAACGUUGCUAUGUUUGUUUUUCGUUAAAAGUUUAUUGUGAUCGUAGGUGAGCCAUAUUAUAAUCUUUAAGAUGUUAAUUGACUUUAGUUGUAAGAACCACUGUAGAAAUGUUCUGUGAUCUUAUAGAUUUACGUUAUGACUUAUGACUGAAAGCAAUCAUUAAGUAUUCAUAAAGUUCAUCAGAUAAACUCAAUGAUUACAUUUUUAUAAAAGGACUCAAUAAUAUGGUUUUUGUAAACAUAAUUGUAUCUUAUUUUGACAUUUUCAUACAACGCAAUAAAAUAUGAUGACAUUUUUCAGCGCGCGCCGUGACUCUGCGUUGCUCAAUUGCGCGGAAAUUCGUUUAUAGUGCGGGAACCGUACAUUUUUCCGGGUUAAAAAGUAAAUAUCUUAUGUCCUUUCCCGGGACUCAAAGUAUCUCAUACCGAAUUUUAUCAAAAUCGGUGAAGCGCUUUAAGCGUGCAGAGAUAGGAGACAGACAGACACACUUUCGCAUUUAUUACAUUAGUAUGGAUGUUUUUUAAUGUUACUCGUGAUCUGUGCCAUUAACGAUAUUUCGGGUAAGAAGUAACGUUAAUGUGCACUUAACGUUUAAAGUUUUGUUUUAACAAAAAAACGACUACCGUAAAUAUAAUGGUGAAUUUAAAUGGUCAUAAUUCUGUGAAGUGUGUGUACGCAGGCCCGGCCUGACCCAAAUAUCAGUAUAUUAUUUGAUAUAUUCUGCCAAAUAUAUCGAUACCUCAUUCUGAUGAAUGAGGUAUAAUAUUAGAUUUGAAAUAAUGGGCCAAUCUAUAAUUUUGAGUAGCCUAAAAAGUUAAAACUAUAAUUAGUAUAGUUUUUAAAAUUUUUGCUUUUGUUUACAAAAAACUGUUUGAUGGAAGUUGAUACUGUAUAGUAUUUUGUUAUACUCGUCCACUGACUGUCAUUACUACGAAAAUGUAAUUGUUAUAUUUUUGUACUUUAGGUUAGGAGACUAAAAUGUUUUAAAUGCCUUAUUAUUUUUUUUUGUAAAAAAGUCUGUUUAGUUUGUAAUAUAAACUCAUACGACAAACAUUAU